GAUGAUGUCACCAAAUCAGCAGGGAAGGCAAAGCGGCUAAAAGGCAAGAAGACAAAAUGAUUGUGGCGGAAAAGACUUUUAAUCUAUUAUGUUCCAACCUUUGUUGGAAAGCAUUUUACUCAGAACUUAGGAAGUGGCAGCCAGGCGAGGGGGCGGCGACGAUGCUGCGGGAGCGCCGCUAACCAUGGGCGUGUUGGAGUCCAACUCCAGCGGCAACUUAACCCCGGCGGUGUCGGGCGGCGCGCUGCCGCUGCCGGGCUACCUGGCGCUGCUCCUGUCGGUGCUGAUGGUGACGCUGGUGGCCACGGUGGUGGCGGGCAACGCGCUGGUCAUCCUGGCCUUUGUGGUGGACAAAACCCUGAGAACUCAGAGCAACUACUUCUUCCUCAACCUGGCCAUAUCUGAUUUCCUCGUGGGUGCCUUCUGCAUCCCGGUGUACAUCCCGUACAACCUGACGGGCAGGUGGAUGCUGGGCAAGGGUCUGUGCAAGGUGUGGCUGGUCAUGGACUACCUGCUCUGCACCGCCUCCGUCUUCAACAUCGUGCUCAUCAGCUACGACCGCUUCCUGUCUGUCACCAGAGCUGUGAAAUACAGAGCACAGCGCAACAUGACCCGUCAAGCUGUGCUCAAGAUGGUGGCGGUGUGGGCACUGGCUUUUCUCCUCUACGGCCCCGCCAUCAUCUUUUGGGAGGCGGCGGUGGGUUACAGCGUGGUGCCGGCGCACGAGUGCUACGCCGAGUUCUAUUUCACCUGGUACUUCCUGCUGUGCGCCUCCACCUUUGAGUUCUUCACCCCCUUUGUGUCGGUGGCCUACUUCAACCUCAGCAUCUACUUGAACAUCCACCGGCGCAACAAAAAUGCAAGCGCCGGCCCCCAUGAGGUGGCGACCCCCCGGCCGGCCAUGAAGCAGAGGGACGGCGCGGCGUGGUCCGUGUUCUUCGUCAAGACGCGCAAGGUGUCGUGCAGCGAGCCCACCGCCAUCUCCGCCGUCAUCGAGGAUGACGACAGGGUCUCGCCGUCCUCCUGCGCCAACCUCAACGCCGGCCAGAUCCUGGCGCAGAGGGAGAAGCUGUCGCCAGGGAAGAGGAGCUCCCGCCCGUUCCAACCCUCGCCGGCGGUGUCUGUGCCGGGUCGCAGGGCGCCGGGAUCCAGGCUUUCCCGAGACAUCAAGGUGGCCAAGUCGCUAGCUGUCAUCGUGUGCAUUUUUGGAAUCUGUUGGGCGCCUUACACGCUGUUGAUGAUCAUCCGAGCCGCCUGCAGCGGCGCAUGUGUGGCCAACUAUUGGUACGACUUCACAUUCUGGCUACUGUGGCUCAAUUCAGCCAUCAACCCGUUCCUGUACCCGCUGUGCCACAGCAGCUUCCGAAGGGCUUUCUCCAAGAUCCUGUGUCCUAAGAGACAAUCGGUGCAGCCUCAGGUGGUGGAGCUGCAGUCGUGCUAGAGCGAAAACACUUGAACCAAUGCAAAAACUGCCAAACUGUGUAAAAGAGGGAGAAAAAAAAAAAAACUCCACUUCCUUGUUCUUCCAUCCCAAAAGUCCAAAAUGAGAAAAAAAAAGUCUGUGAGGAUGCUCAAAGCACAUUAAGAUAGAACCACAAGGGCGAAGACCUCCGCCAAGGCCGGACAAUCAAGAAAAAACGCGUUGCCCCCAAAAUUUGCAGUAGUCAGCAAAUAGAUUGGAUCUUCAGACUACAGUGGAACGUCUCAAGUUCACAAAUUCGUGCAUCAUACGAGUUGUACAUAAUGUUUAUAUAAUUAUGCCUAUUUAUAUACGUUCACAAAUCCUUGCAUCAUACGAGUUGUACAUAAUGUAUAUAUAAUUAUGCAUAUUUAUAUACAUUUUUAUUCUACAUUGAACUUUAUGUAUUUCCAAAUUCACCAAUAUUUCAAUAUAUUUUGGGCAAUAUAUUUUUUAUUAGAAUUUUUUUUUUUUCCUCACCAAAUCCAAUUGUCUGAACUACUUUUUCCUCAGCACUUUCAUGAAAUGAAACCAAAAAUGAAACAAAACCCUUUUGAUCUUAAACACUGAUGUGACAUGUUGAAGAGGCAAGCCUUAAAUAGUUCAUCACUGUAAAUGGUAAAAGUCGAGUGAUGGCAAAUGGCAUUUUCACCUUUAGCCAUACUUUAAAACUCUUUUUAAGAUUUUGAAAUUUGAGGUUCCACUGUAAUUUGGAGCAAAUUGCAACCCCGUGGAAGAAAAGCAGCUCCUGAAAAUGCUUGAAUUGUGCUCUUGAAAGUUUGCAUGAAGUUAAAGGAUCAAGUCGAGUUGACUUUUUAUUGCGUGUAUAACAAAUUUGAACUGAGGAUCCGACAUUUUCAAGCCACGGUUGGACUAUGCACAAGUACUAUCAUAUCAAAACCAAAAGCUAAGCAGAGCUCCAGUGUUAGCACUGAUUAGCAUUAGCACGACAAUACUCAAUUUUUGGCAAUAUGUCCGCUGCUGGUGUCACAUGAAUCAGCUUCACAAAUUGACAAGAGUGAAGUUUCGCCUCUAUAAGUGAAGAUACAAUACAAUCCAUGCCUUACUGGUUUCAUUUUUACUUGCUAUUCUUAAAAGAAGGAGCCGCCUCAAGCUAAAGAGAGGAGUUAGCUCAUUUGCAUGAGAUGGGACCGCCCCCUCAAAACAGGCUGAUUCCAAAAAAGAAUGUGAACUGUUUAAAAUUGUGAGGAAAAAAAAACUGUCUUCUUUAAGUAAACUGUAGAAAUGUAAAAUAUAGAAAUUUAUCUUCAUUCCUCUUCAUAAAGUUUUGUAAAAAUCAUCCGAACACAACCACCUUGGCGGAGGUAGCAGCAUGGGACCUUAACAAAAAUGGAAAAAAAAAAUAUACAAUCGCUCGAGAUGAAAAGCACAGAUUCUCUGUGAGAUGUACGUGUCCACGUGGAAAUGCAUGCCAACAUUCACAGACAAUCUCUCUGCAGUGACGUGCUUUAAGCCUUCCAGCCACUGUGUGUGCGUGUUUGCCUGUGCGUCCUUUUUUGAGCUGAUGACGACAAUAAUUCAUCCUGAGAUGUUUUACGCUGCCUUUUAAUAUCGGCCCCGACGACAAAAUGUCCUUUCACAAACAACAUGAUGCCAUUAGGAGAAUCCUUACGUUUUGUAAAGAUAGCAAAUCCGAGCCUGUCGUCUCGCAGCAAUAUUGUGACGAAUGUCGUUAACAUUAAGAACACUUGAAAGGAAGUGAAACGCUCGCUUUUGUCCGCUCAAUACUGAAUGUCAUUUUGUUUUUAUAUUAUUUAAGGAGAAAAAAGUUGGCUUAAUAGGUGAAACCUGCCAACUCUAAAAAUCUGCACUUGUCAUCCUGCGGUUGGGGCUUCUAAAUGUACAGCACAAUAAGCAGUUUUGUACAAAAAAAAAA